CCCACACACAGACGCAGAUCGUCAAGCUACGUUGUUUCAGAAAUUCGAGGACGUCUCUGUGUACAAAUUUAUCAUUUUUUAGGCCCUAUAUAUCUUUAUAUUUUUCAAAUUCAGUAUGCCUAAAGGAAGAGGAGGAAAAGUUAAACACAAGGGACGUGGAAGAACAUUUCACAAUCCUGACGAAAUUGAUGCCCAGAUGAAAGACAACACAGAUGCUUGGAGGCAAAAGAAUAGAGAUAUGCCACCGAGUUCAAGUUCAGAAGAAGAAAGCUCCGAUGAAGAAGAUAGACCAACCAAAGGUAUUGAAGGACUUAUAGAAAUAGAAAAUCCCAACAGGGUUGCUAAUAAAAUGAAGAAAGCAUCAAAUUUAAAUGUAGAAACAGCCACAUCGGGAACUCAAAAUUUAUCACGAAGAGAAAGGGAAGAAAUUGAAAAACAACAAGCUCAUCAGCGGUAUUUGAAACUCCACGCAGAAGGAAAAACCGAUGAAGCAAGAGCAGAUUUAGCACGGCUACAAAUAAUCCGAAAACAACGUGAGGACGCCGCCAAAAAGAGGGAUCAGGAAAAGAAAGCAAAAGAAGAUGCAGCAAAAGCAAAAGCAAAGAAGAAAUGAUUAAUUCUAGUAGUAGGCUCGGCCAAUGCAUGAUGAACAGGACAACGUAUACCAGGACAACAAGGGUCUUCCCAUAGCAACACUUCAGGGAGGAGGAGCAUAACAAGCUGUCAUUGUCCAGUACAUUUACAUAAAUUUUAAAUUAAACAGAAUACAGUAAUUUCCAACACAAUAAAGCUUUAUCCACCCUAUCGAAUUUUAUGUGACAAAUGUGAGGUUUCACCACAAAAUUAGUCUCAUGGUUAGAAAAUCAAAAAUAGAGUUUAUAUUAUAUUUGGGUAGAUCA